AAUUCAGUGUGGGUUUUCCCUUCCUUCAGCUUUCAGUUCCUUCUGCCUUUCUUCAGACUUAAGGGUAAAACUUGUCUGGAUUCGGUCACUCAUACUGUGAAUCAGAUUUCAGCUUGACCUACGACAAGGUUUGUGUUUGUGCGAAGAUGUCUGACCCUGAGACCCCAACCCAGCCUCUCAUCGGCGCUGCCAGCCAUGAAACAGCCAUCAAUGUAGGAGCGCCGGCACAGAGUGGCCGCUCCUCCCGGGCUUACAAGGUGGCAGGAUUGACCCUUCUGGCCUGUGUGCUGAUUGUGGGCCAGGCAAUGACUGCCUAUUUCCUCCUCAGCCAGAAGAGUGACAUCCAGUCUCUGGAGGAUCAGAACAAAAAAAUUCAGACGCAGAUGACAAAGGGAAGCUCUGUCUCCGUGCCCAUGAAGAUGCAUGUGCCCAUGAACGCCAUGGUGCUGAAUGACUUCACAGACAAGGAAGCUUCGACUGGAACCCCAGAUGAUUCUAACCCUCCCGCCACCAGCUGCCAGCUGGAGGCUGCUGGUGUGAAGCUUGUGCAGGUGCCAGGUUUCCGCCCCGCCUGUGACGAGCGCGGCCUCUACAAGGCCCAGCAGUGCUACAUGGGCCAUUGCUGGUGUGUGAACACAGCCACUGGGGAACAGAUCCCUGGAAGCGAGCUUCAAGGAGAAGCCAGAUGCAAUCUGCCCCUCCUUCGUGGCAGCAUGAGCAAAGUGAUGACUUUGCCCGAUGUGGACGCUUAAAACUGUGAAGGUGAUUCCAUCUUUUCCAGAAACCAACAUCGGCUCAACUCCCAAUACCUUGUUACAACUUUGCCGACUCCUAAUCACCACAUCUACAC